UUAUUUUAUUUAUAUUUCAGGCAAUGCUGAUCUUAUCGGACUGUCUCCAAUGAAACUGAACAAAAAUAGAAGAUUAUGUGAAAGCCAUUUUCAAGAAAAAUUCAUACUUCCCAGUGGUCGACUUGCAUUUAAUGCCCUUCCCAACUGCUACACUGCUCCUGAUGAGGACACGUCUUCUGGUUCGACUGGAGUUUUAUCAGCCAACAGUAGAGAAGCCUUGCCUAGCACCAGUACUGCCCCUGGAAUCACAACUCCAGUGAAAACCCCGAGACAUCCACCUCCUGCUAAUGCUGCUACUACGACAGGAAAUUUCAUUGAAAUACCUAGCACCAGUACUGCCCCAGUAAUCAUGACUCCAGUUAAAACCCCGAGACGACGUCCACCUCCUGCAGCCACCUCGACAGGGAAUAUCAUAGGUUCGCCUUCAAAAAGACCCCGUUUGAUUUCACCCUCACCUUCACCCGUACUAUUACGCCAAACCAAUUCUCCCAGACGCUAUCACAGGCAAGAUUUUUCAACACCAUUACAAUCACCGUUACUGCAAACAUCUUUACAUUCACCAGUAGUAACAACACCGUCAUCAACUUUUUGGAUUUCGAAUGCAUCAACAAAAACAAAACAAUCUCCGGACAAGCAGACCAGCCAAGGAGCCAAAAGAAAACUAAACAGAACGUUAUUUAGUAACUCAUCAAGUAGUCAACCCGAUAAAAAUAUAGAAACUCUACAAAAAAAACUUGCUGUUAAAAGAGCCACUAUUUCUAGACUAAGACGGACACUUUCAGAAACAAGAAAUAAAUUCAAAAGAUUCUCAGUUUAUAAUAAAACUCCAGCAAGAACCAAAGGCGGGGCAUUACUAAUCGGUAUGCAAUACCACAAAAGAAGACAACCGUGGUCAAAAAGUGAAAAGCUGUAUGCCAUAUCAUUGUACUUGAGAUCUCCUUCAUGCUACAAGUACUUAUUAAAAUCAAUAGUUUUGCCUGGUGUUUCAACAAUUAGGAAGUGGAUUUCAUCUAAAGAAUGUUUCAAGCCUGGAUUUAACAACAGACUUAUCCAACAAAUUAAAUGCAAAGCAAGUAGCAUGGAGGAGAUGGAAAAGUCCUGUGUACUGAUGCUUGAUGAGAUGGCCAUAAAGCAAUCUUUGGAGUAUUGUGCAAGCUAUGACUUGGUUGAAGGAUAUGAAGAUUUGGGAUGUCUCGGGAGAAACAGUAAAGUUGGAAGCAUCAGGCAACGAGGCGGGUGGAACAAAAACCCAACUGUCCGGGUAUUCCGUAGCUCCCUGAGGUUGUUCUGCAUGCAAUACUUAAUUGAACCCCCUAAAACAACAUCCUACGAGCCUGACGUAGACAUGGUAUUGGACAUUGGCGAUUCAUCCUCCAAAGCUCACAGCCAUGAGACAGAAGACCACCCAUCCCCUGAACUGAAAGAAGAUAGUUUUAGUGAUAGAGAAGAUGAAGAUGAAGAUUAUGACGGAUUGACAGAUUUUGAUCAUGAGAAUUUGCCACGCAAGACUGACGAACCAAGACCAGAACCUUAA